AUCUAAUCUAACCUAGUUUCUAAAUUUUUAUCAAAUUUUGAUUUGUUUCUAAUGGACUUUUUAUGAAUUUCAUUAUUUAUUUAAGACUAUAACAGUAAAACCAGCAAGACAUGGAUUGUUUAUUAGCAUAUUAUACCGAAAAAUUCACGAAACUCGAUGGAAAUAUAUUCGAAGUAUUCUCAAAAUUUUAUAGUUUGGACCUAUCUCCAGUGGACUCUUGGUUAGAGAGCCAAUUCAAGAACAAAAUGAAGAAAGAUGACAGAUUAUCAAUAUUUUAUAGAAAAGAAGGCAAUAAGUGUUAUGCCAGGAAAGAUUUACUCAAAAGCUUGGAGUUUUACACAAAGAGUCUGUGUUGUGCCACACCUAGAAGUAGAGAAUAUGGGCUUGCUCUAGCAAACAGAUCAGCAGUUUCUUUUGAGAUGAAAGAAUAUGAGAACUGUCUGAAAGAUAUAGAUUUGUGUUUCAAUACAGACUACCCUGAGGAUCUGAAACCCAAAAUAUUCUUCAGGAAAGCUGAUUGCUUCUUUGAAACAGGCCAAAAGGAAAGUUUUGACAAAUGUCUUUCUGAAAUGCACAGGUUUCUUUCAGUAACCUUGGUAGAUGAUAGAGAAAAACAUGUAGAGAAGUUAAAUCAAAUUAAGAAAGCCAAAAUUGAAUGUAAAACUGUUGAAUUAUAUAGGGAUAGUUCAAAUGAUCUUCCAGAAUUUGAUGAGGGGGAAAACAGUGAUUUUGCUUAUGCCUCUUCAAAGAUAAAAAUGAGCUUUGAUAAAAUCAAGGGCAGACAUGUCCUAGCUAAGAAAGAUAUAAAAAAGGGAGAUGUACUCUUCAUAGAGAAAGCAUUCAUUUUUGCACCUGUAUUUAAGGAAAACAAGGAAUUUUAUUCAUUCAAAUGUUACAACUGUUUGAAGGAUAUCAUCAGUAGUAUUCCAUGUGAAAGGUGUACCCUUUGCGUAUACUGCAAUGACAAAUGCAGAAUCACAUCGUGGACCGAAUGCCAUAAAUGGGAAUGCGAGGGUAUGCAGGCUAAUAUCUGGUAUGACCUUGGAAUAGCAUUUCCUGCUUUCAAGGCAGUACUGAAGGGGGUGAAGUCCGGUUUUCGCACGAUAAAAGGCGAUUACCAUGAGGAUUUGAAACACUUUGGAGACAAGAAUGACAACUACACGUAUUUCAAUCGUUUGGUUUCCAACAUUUAUAAAAGCAAAAAUGCCGCUCCAUAUAUUCUGAUGUCCGCCAUAGUAGUGACAUAUUUAAAGAAAUACACGGAUUUUUUCGCUUGGUUUUUGCAACAAAAAAACUGUCCAAAAAACGAUCUCAGUACUCUGGUCAAGUACAUAGGAGGCCUAAUCACAAAACACAUUGCACAGUUGACCUGCAACUCUAGUAUUAUAGAACACUGGACCUAUUCUUCCACAGAUCUGCUGUUUCCUGAUAUCCUCAUCACAAUCGCUUGCGGAAUGUUUCCGUCAGUUAGCAUUAUGAAUCAUUCUUGUCGACCAAAUGUUACUAAUUUUUUCAUCUGUGAUACGAUAGUAAUUAAAGCUCUGGAAGAUGUAUCAGAAAAUGAAGAGAUAUUCAACUGCUAUGGUAUUGAUUAUCGCGGAAUGAACAGGGAACAGCGACAGAUAGCUUGUAGAAGUCUUUAUCAUUUCGAGUGUAAAUGUGUAAUAUGCAACAAUCCAGCAAAGGAAGUGGAAAUGUUGGAUAGUUAUCUUUGUCCAAAAUGCAAAGGAUUGGUGCCAGAAAUGUCUAGUAAUUCUCUAAGUUUCUGUGUGAAUUGUGGAGAAAAAUAUUCACUGAAACCCUUUAGAAAGAUUAAUGAUGAAGCUCAAAAAUAUCUGGAAAAUGAUGAUGUAAAUAUACUGGAACUGUUGGUGAAAAGUUUGAUGAUAAGAGAAAAAAUUCUCUACAAGCAUCACAAAGACUUUGAAGAAGUUUAUUAUAGAUUGUACAGUUAUUAUGUGGAAUCAGGUGACGCUGAAAAUAUGUUCAAAUAUUUUCAUUUAUGGCUUGAAAAUGAGAAAGCAAGGAGGGGGCGGAACUCAAGAGGCAUUGGUACUAAGCUGUAUGAGGCAGCUUUAGCAAUUCUUCAUUGCCUUCAGAAUGGGAACCCUAAAAAUUGUACCAAUUUGAAGGCAUUUCUACAAAAUGUUGAACAUAUGAUUAGAGAGGCUAAAAUGGUGCUGAAUUUAUAUUAUCCUGCUUACAUAACAAAUAGGUUAAGCAGAAAAAUUCAAUUCAUAUCAAAUAAUAAGUAAUUUUUUAUAUAUCUUAAUAUAUUUUACUAACAACAC